CAUAGCGACGUGCCUAACAUUGGUGCAGCGAAAAGGAGUUUGUUCAAAAUUUGUCCACAGCUGCUUCAAAUGCUUUUCUAUCUACAGAAAUGGCCUUACCGGCAACAUAUUAUGGCGAACUGGACGCAAAAAAUCCUGUCCUUGCACUUUUUAGACGCGAAACGGGAUCAUUUUUAACGCUCAUGAAACAAGUCUCUUCGACCACGAAGCGCGACCACAGCUCUUAUGCUAAAGGGAUUAACCUACUUAUGAAAAUACGGAAAGAGUACAUAAACCGAAUACCAGAGAGGUUUUACCAGGAGCACCUGUUGCAGGUUGCAGAUAUCCUUUGUGAAUAUAAGCUGUACCAGCUGGCUCUGUGGCAGGGCUACGGUCUCAGCCUGCUGCAGUUGAGCUCAGUGCAAAUAACUGACAUUACAGAUGUGGACCACUUUAUGGCUUGCUUUUUCCCUGAAGGUUUUGAACUGGAACAAGGCACCUUUACAAUAAAGACGCGGGCGAUGUUUGGUUGUGCCAUAUGUAUCUUUGAGGAAGAGAAAAAGCACAGCAUCCUCAGCCAGAAGGGACUCUCCAUACUGCUGAAAGCGCUGAACUUCAUUAGGAUCAUGAUGCAGGCAUUCCAGCAACAUGAACAUCUCUCCUGGCUCAUAUACAAUGGUUCGAUGUCCAUUUACAACAUCUGCCGUUACCUGAUGACUAUGAAUUGCAGUGAGCAGGCUCUGGAGUACCUUCUGUGGGCGAGUAUCAGUUUGGAGCUGUCCAUCCCUUUGAUGACACCCAGAUAUCUGCCACUUAUUGUCGCUCUCUACUGUUCAGUCUGCCAGUGUUACUAUGACAACCAGUCUGAACUGCAAGCAGAGGAUUUUGCGAAGAGAGCUCUCGAAAAAAUAAAUGAGAUGGCUAACCUGGAAGAAGAGACUGAAUGCACUAAUGAAUUAACUCAGAAAGCUUACAGAGCAGCUUCUGUGAAGCUUGGUGUUUUGGUGUUCAAGCGGACAGUCUUCGAAAGCAGAAAACCUAAAACCACGCUAAGAACCAAAAACAAAAGCACCCUCAAAGAGAUCCCCAAUGCUCCAUGGCCUCGUACCCCAACAGAGCAGAUGCUGCUUACCCAGUUUGGCUGCACUGCAGGACAAUUUUUAGCCAUUUCGGAGGCACUUUGGGAAAGCCACACACGUCCACUGGAAAUAAAGCUACCCGAUGACCCAGAGCUGCUUGAGAUUAUCAUUGAGCUCCUCUCUGCUGGCAUGAGUAUUUUGUCUGGAGGCACAAGUUCAAAUACCGCUGAACAAAAGUCUGACGAUCACCAGAGUUUUUGUCCUAACGUACUUACAACAGAAUCUACUAUAGUGGAUCUAGCAACAGAAGGUGAGAACAAAAUACCGAUUAAGUCUGCAGUGAGAUUCAUCAAACUGUUGUUUAAGUACAAGCAGCCAGAAGCAUUCUCAGAACUCACCGAGGAGAUGCUGCACACUUUGUCUGGUGUGGAAGGUACGCCUUUCAGAAAGGCAGAACGUGAGCUCACCUUACUCUACAGUUACAGCAGCCUGCUGUACUCUCAGAGAGAGAGUACGAGAGAGGACAAAAAAGAUGACAGGCAAAAAUUCUUUUCGGCCGUGAGCGAUGAGCUUGUUUGUUUGGUCGACACCCUGCAUCUGUGUGUUUUUGGCCCUGAUCCUGAACUGCAGCCUAAUCCAGACCUUGUUUUUGAUAUUUUGGUAUUUCUUUGGAAAAAACUAAAAAAUAUCAUGCAAAGUCAUUGCCUGGAAAUCCAAGACUCUAUCAAUGAUCAACAGAAGCUACAGUGUUAUGACAAGUUGCUGUGGUGUCUCUCUGUGAUGUGUGAGGUGGCCAUUAUCUGUGAGGUGGCCAAUGUUGACUGCAUUAUGGUGGCAGAGAUGAUCCACGUGUUGGGUGAACAUGUUGAGAGAGUCCUUGGCCGUAUUAAUCAGGCAGAGCGAUCAGUUUGUGGAAGAUCUGAGGACAUGAAGCAAAGCCCUUUUUCUCUUCUUAAGGAAUCAAACACAAAUCUACUAAAGAAGGUGUGUGAAGUGACAAAGAAAGGACUUGAUGCUUUGUCAAAUGGUGUCUCUGAAUUGAUUCCACAUGAUCACUCAGCCAUUACUGACACUGCCUACAUACAGAAAUGUAAGUCCCCUCAUCCCUGUAGUCCAUCCACUGCACCAGGUGAAGAGCAAAAUGGAACAGAUGAAAACGCUGUAAAGGUUGAAGAAGAAAAGGAGACUAAGGGAGAGUCAAUAACUGAAGGCCAACAGGAUAAAGAGUCCAAAAAAUUGUUUGUGCUUGCCAAGGAUUUACAUCUAAGCCUGGAUAUCAUCUACCACAAGGCUUCCGUCAAGCUUCUGCUGCUAAAUGAAGUUAAAGAGUCUGAUCUGCUGCAUCGGAUCAAGAGGAAUAAGCUGUCAAAAGCUCAUUUUAUGAUGCAGAAAGCAUCAGCGGAGCACAGUAAAGGGCAGCCACAUGAAAGCAGCAAGAUCAGAAGUCUCCUAGAGGAAGCUCUCGUCCUGGUAGAAAAAGCAGAGUUGGAGGAGAUGCAAACAUAUAUGGCCAGUGUUAGGAAUGUCAACGGAAAAAAGCACAAAACAGAACAAGACGUAGGUGAAAAAGCUCCACCUGCACCAAUGCUAAUCUCACGAACUGACCACUCCAUUACUUUUGCUCCUGCUGAGUAUGACUUGAAAAAACGGGUGAGCUGGUAUCAGCUUUGUGGGCGAACAGUCCAGGGUGCCAACUCUACAGUUCGCCUUGGUGAAUGCAGUGUACCAGGAACUGGGAAUAUGGUGCCAGUGGUUUCUGGUGAGUGUUUGCUCAGGGUCGAGGGUCUGCAGCCCAACCAGAUGUACGUGUUUGCUGUAGCAGCCUAUGACAACAAGUGGCAGCUGGUGGGCAACUCUAUAGGGGAUACAACAUUACCAGUGUUGGCAUGCUUGCCCACCCCAGUGCUUUCCACAUGGGCUCACUUGGCUCAGCUUUGUUGCCUUCUCUCCCAGGUGGCAUUUGACACAGGACAGUACGCUGUAGCUAAAAGAGCCUGCAGGAAACUGUGGAGUCAAUACAUCGAUCCAGACUGUUCAUCCAACAGCAAACACAACAGAUUUGCUUCCAGUGGGCUGCAUAAGGAGACCCUACAGCACUCCUCUCCUCACACUUGCAAGAUGUUUCUGAAUUCCAUCUUCACUGAGACAGAAAUCAACAUUCAACAGGGGUCUCUCCAUUGGGAUACAUGUGGUGACAGAGGACCGUUUAUCUGGGAACAGGAAGCCAGAUUAGCAGAGACCGAGCGGAUGAUGUUGGCUAUGGACCUGGCGAUAUAUUUGAAUGACGGUGGGGCUUCAUUACGAGUUGUAGUUACCUGCUACAGGCUGCUAGCUCCUCUGAUCUACCAUCAGAUCGCUUGCGAUCCUGUGGUGCAAGUGCUAUUAAAGUGUUUUGUGGUUUUGGAGGAUAAUUCAUCUCUUAUGAAGCAAAAAUGGACCGGGAACUCCUCAGAGUUCCUUUUGCACAUGAUUUCCUGCAUCACCUACUACCUGUCAACGGCACUACAAACGUUCAGAAAAUAUGAUACGGCUGCUGCUGUGCUUGACUGUGGGCGGACUCUGGUUCAGGAAGUCUUUGAUGCACAUUUUAAAUUUGGCAAACUAAUUGUUCAAGCUGGGAAUGAUAAAGCAGCUGCUAUAGCUGCAGCUGAGAGCCAAAGAAAGAUGAACCAGCUGAUAAAAGCACUGCAUGUGAAGAGCAUAAGAUUCAUUGAAUCCGAGGAGGUUCUUCACAAAGAAAAUGAGAUUGCAUUGGUUACCCUUGAAGAUCCCAGUGUUCUUUACCGUCUGUUCCCCAGCCGGUCACUGCAGGAUAACUUUAACAAUGUUAUAAAGCUCCAACGGAAAAAGUACUUCCUUGAGUUUGCGUCUCUGCUUCUACGGAGGACGAUGGAGGAAGGCAGUCCAGAUCAGGUGCUGGAAUGGGGACUAGCCAUUUUUCAGGCCCUCUCCAGACGUGACGAAGUUUUGGGACUAGCCACAAAAUCUGCGCAGGAAGACAGCAAAAGUAAAGAAGGAGAGAGUACGACGACUCGGAAGAAAAGUGAAGUACCUCAGCAGGGUACAACCACAGCUGAGGAGCUAAGAAGAAAGCUUAGGAAGAAACUGCCACGGAGCUUGCUGAAGAAUCUGAAAACUCUCAGAGAGCUGCACAUUGUGGAGCAUUUACUGUUUUUGAUGUCUUUUGUGGUGCAACGCAACAAGAAGCGGAUUCAUCUGAGGAACUUAGUAGCUGACGAGAGAGCAGAGAGAUCUUUCCUUAAUUACUGCAUGGCUACGGCACAUUUAGCUAAAUUUUACCAGGGCGUGCAGCUGAUUAACGAAGGACAUCUGAACGAAAGGUACAGCCAGCUUGAUAUAUGCUGGUUCUCUCUCGCCCACUCUGGCGUCAUAAUGAGGAAGUAUUCUCUGCCCUCUUCUGAAAAUAAAGUGAAAUUACAAAAGGCUUCCGGCCGUAAGGCUGACAUGGUGACUCCAAAAGUAGAGAGGAAACGAAGGGAGGCUGUUAGAAAAGUUAUCCAGGUGCCAAAGCGGAGCACUGAUGAGAAAGACGCCCUCUUUCAAAAUCUGCAAAAAGAUACACAGAAAAGGAGUUCUUAUGUACUACUGAGUUCUGUUGAAAAUGCUGCUUUACAUUUUCGCAGAGCAAUGGUACUGGCCCAUCGUGGCAACCACUGGACAACUCUGCAGUACAUGUGUCAAUCUGUGUGGGACCAAAACCACAAGCUUACUGCAAUGGUACAAAAUGGUGCUUUAAAUAAAAGUUUCCCAUCGGUCAUAACUGAUGAGCUGCAAGCCAUCUUCACCCCUCUUCUGGUGCUAGCCACUGAUUUUAUGCUGGACAUGCUGACUAAACUUCAGAUUUGGAGUUUGUACGAUCUCGACGUGACCGUCGAAGAACUUGAGUCGCGUCUCCACUUCUCGCUCCCCUAUGAUGACUGCUUCCUGGUGGACCUGCGCUGGGUUCGAACUUUGGUGUUAUACACUCUUGAGCAGCUUCAUUUCUGUGGAAAAUGGGAGACCCUGGCACACUUUGCCUUACUAUAUAACUCAUACACACGGGAACGUUACGCCCUGAUGAUAGUUCCUCUGCUGGUUCACGCUCAAAGGAACCUGCUUGAAAGAAUUUCUUCUUUUAAAGGACCUGCAGUCCCACAACCACACCAUGUCAAGACAGAGAACACCACUGGGAAGAAAAUAACUAACAGAACUUACGCAGGCUGCCAGCUGCUCAGUGUGUGGAAUCGACCACCUGCACCGAAACAGACCUUAAACAAAAAGGGAGCAAAAAAGGUUCCUCCUAAGGAUCCAUUUUCACUGAAAGUUUCAGAAUUGCCCCUGGCUAUGUCGCUUGUGCGCGUUCCCCUUGUCGUGGAAGAAACCCUGAGCUGUUUUCGUGAAGCCCUCAGGAAAAGAUCGCCCAGUCUUCCACUCCUCAAGCAUAGUCGUUCGUUAGUUGUGCAGCUUUUAGCAUGCACACAGCCCUGCUUUGCACCACAGACUCCAACUUGUCAAACUAGAGGAGGUACUAGCCGUCCAGCAAGCGAGGUGACGUUCAGCCCAGCAGUUGUUACGUCUCCGGACCUCCUCCCUGAUGAUCUGCUUGAGGAGGACUUUAGUUCUACAAAUGCUAUCUACAGCCUUCCCAUCAGCCUUAACAGUGUACCAACUGUUACUGCUGCUUACACAAACUCCAUCCAGAAACUGCAGGCUAACGGUCAUGACUCCCUUCACAUUUUAGCUCUGCAUGAAAUUGGAAACCUGCACUUUUAUGCUGGAAACAUAAGUGCUGCACACUCCUGCUGGAGUAAAGCUCUAGACUGCAUCUUCCAGAGCUCAGGUGUCAUCCAGCAAUGUGACGGUGUUAACUUUGAGAGCAGCUUCUCGCAAAACAUUGUAAAGCAAGCUGGUAUAUGGGGAUGCUUGCAAGGUGCUGUGCUUGCUGCAAAGAUAGCGCAGUUUAUUUCAACCUCUGAUAUCACGAAGCGCACAAAGCGUUGUCGGCUGUCUGCUCAUUUCUUUAAGUGUGUGCUGUGUUGCUCCAUGGCUCACCCUUUGAAGGAUCUACAGUACUCCUCACACAGCAUUAGGGAUGAACUGUUUCCUGGCAUUGACCUUUUUUCUGAGCCCCACAGGCUUCAAGUCAACACCACAGUCGCAAGUCUUCACUUUGUUUGCCAUUGGCUCUUCAUCACAGGCUACUACAUUACGCUUUUUCCCAUUCUAGCCUUUUACCUCUACUUUGUGGGGCCCGUGUGUAGAGAUGUACAGCGCACGGCUGAAGCCAAAAUCCUCAAGAUUCGUGCUCUCACAGAGUUGUGCAUGUUUACUGAAGCCAUUGCAGAAGCUAUUCAAUUCACUCAAGGAGCAGAUAUUUUUCUUCCAUACGGACUCCACAUGACCACAGCAAAUCUACAACGUGUAAGGACUUUCUGCAGCAACGCGUCUCUUCCUGACAAUGUGGAGGCUGUGGAAGACCUUGUGAACUGUGACUUUACUUCAGAGGUCUGCACAUUGUACGGUCCUACGCUGUGCUCCAAAUUCAACCUCGCUCGAAUUCAACUAAUCUUAGCGAUCACCAAGUCUGUACGUGGCAGUCCUGUGCCAGAUCCUGAAGAAAGUUGUUCUACCCCAGAAAGUAAAGAAGUGCAUGCACAGGAUAUGGCACAAGAUGAGCAGGAGAGACAUGAAACAGAGGGAUCAUCCCCUAAAACAGAGAGACCGAAAGUUGUCUGUUUUGCUAAUGAGAAGACGGAGCUAUCUCCAGAAAGGAUCAAGUUUAUUUUGUUGGAAGGAGCUUCCACUUUGUUUUCGUCUGCUACGCAGCAGCUCUCCUCUCUUACCUGCAGCGAAGCUGAGAAACUGGAACUGGUGGUGGAGUUCAACCUUCUUAAAGCUAACCUCUGUCUGCAGCAAGAAAACUAUGCACUGAGCUUUGAGGCUGCAGUUUCAGCUUUGGUGUUGCUGCAGACAUCUCCUGUCACUGUGACACCAUCCCCUCCUGGAAGUAAACAGGACACCAAGGACCGCAGUGUACCAGACAACCUGCAUAGAGACAUGUCCAGGGCUGUUGAAGCCCGUGAGAGAACUGGAGCUUUGCUGUGGCUGCGCUGCCGGCUCACUCUGGUCCACUGCCUGACUGCUAACAUCCCUGCUAUUGCAACUCUUUUUCCAGGUAAGAACAUUAAUGAAGAAAUAUAUCAGGUGAUACAGCAGGGACUGGAUGAAUGUCUGCAAUGGGGAGACAAAGAUAUUCAAGCUCUGUUUAUGGUGGAAGCUGCAGAAUUAGAAGCACAGAGAAACAGGAUUGAUAAGUGCAUGGCAAUGCUGAAGAAAACAGUGAAUCUCCUGUCAGGACGGACAUGUAUGCCACCCAGGUCUGUUCUGACUCUUGCUCGAGCCACGUUGUUGCUCAGUGACCUGAAAAAAGAACAAAGCACAACACUUCUCAGACUGACACAGAAACUCUUGGAAAAGAAGCUGUGCCUGUUUGAUGAAAAUAUAAUAUGGCUUGAUGGAAAUUUAAGUUUCUCUCCACCCGGACCCAGAAACAUCUACCUUCCUUACCUCGACAUGCUGAACAAAAUUACAGUGCGGAUUGAUUCAGUCCUGAAUGUUGGCAACAUGGAAGGAUCAGCAUUUGUCCAGUCAUCACAUCAGAGUGAGCACCCAUCUGAUAACACUGAGAAAGAUUCUCAAGCAGUUUUCUCUCCGAGACAUGAAAGCUGAUGAAUGGCAAAGCUUCCAUUAGACUUUUUGCCAUUUUAAGAGGCAGGAGUUUUUGCUUCACUUUGUAUGACCUAUUUCAUUUCAUUACAGGGUUAUCUUUGUUCUGUAUUACAACAACACAGUUAUAAUAUACAAAUAAAAUUUGAGCUGAGAAACAA